GGGAGCGAGCGGGCGGUGCGGGCGCAGCCCUCGGCCGCCUGUCCCCGCGCUCUUGGUGCUCCCUCUGCGGACGUCGAGCUCUGGCCCCGCCAUGCUCCUGCUCCUGGUGCUGUGCUUGGGGCUGCCCCUCCGCACGGGGUCGCAGGGAGAGGCGUGGAGCUGGGGUGACACUUCAGAGCAAGUUGGACUCAGGGUCCCCAGGCAGCCGAGGCUCUUGCAGAGGCUGAAAACCAAGCCCUUGAUGACAGAAUUCUCCAUCAAGUCCACCAUUAUUUCUCGUUAUGCCUUCACCACCGUUUCCUGCAGAAUGAUGAACAGAGCUUCUGAGGACCAGGAUGCUGAGUUCCAGAUGCAGAUUCCAGCUGCAGCUUUUAUUACUAACUUCACCAUGCUUAUUGGAGACAAGUUGUAUCAGGGUGAAAUUACAGAAAGAGGAAGAAAGAAUGGAGAUAGGGUAAAGGAAAAAAGGAAUAAAACUGCAGAAGAUAAUGGGGCCGAGGGGACUGACACGUUCAGAGCCACUCUAGUGAUUCCCAGCAAGGGCAAGGCCGCCUUCCUCCUGAGUUACGAGGAGCUUUUGCAGAGACGCCUUGGCAAGUACGAACACGUCGUCAGCGUGCGACCGCAGCAGCUGGUGGGGAGGCUGACAGUGGACGUGACUGUCCUGGAGAGGUCUGGCAUCGUGGGCCUGGAGGUGCUGCCUCUUCGCAACAGCAGGCAGAAGGGCAGCGCGCGGGCGGAAGAUGAUCCUGGGCCUCCUCCUUCUACUGUUAUCAACCAAAAUGAAACUUUUGCCAAAGUGGGUUUUAAACCUACUGUGGUACAACAAGCCAAGAUUGCCCAGAAUGGAAUUUUGGGAGAUUUUAUCAUUCGAUACGAUGUUAAUAGGGAGCAGAGAAUUGGAGACAUCCAGGUUCUAAAUGGCUAUUUUGUACACUACUUUGCUCCUAAGGACCUUCCUCCUUUACCCAAGAAUGUGGUCUUUGUGUUUGACACCAGUGCCUCUAUGGUGGGAACCAAGCUCCAGCAGACCAGGGAUGCUCUUACCACCAUUCUCCUUGACCUCCGACCCCAGGAUCACUUCAGUAUCAUUGGGUUUUCCAACCGAAUUAAGGUGUGGAAGGACCACUUGGUUCCAGUCACUCCUAACAAUAUCAUAGAUGGCAAAUUCUAUAUUCACCUCAUGUCGCCCAGUGGAGGCACAGACAUUAAUGGGGCCCUCCAGGCAGCCAUCAGGCUCCUCAACAACUACGUGUCCCACAAUGACAUUGAAGAACGCAGCGUGUCCCUUGUCAUCUUCCUGACGGAUGGGAAACCCACAGUAGGGGAGACCCAUGUGCCUAAGAUUCUCAACAACACCAAGGAGGCUGCCCAGGGUCGGAUCUGCAUCUUCACUGUUGGUAUUGGCAAUGACGUGGACUUCCGGCUGCUGGAGAAACUGUCACUGGACAAUUGUGGCCUCACACGGCGCGUCCUUGAGGAGGAGGAUGCGGGUGCACAGCUCAUUGGAUUCUAUGAUGAGAUCAGGACCCCCCUACUUUUUAACAUCCGCAUUGAUUAUCCCUCUGGCUUAGUGGAGCAUGCCACCAAAACCGUGUUCCCCAACUACUUCAAUGGCUCUGAAAUUGUCAUUGCUGGGAAGCUGGUAGACAGGAAGAUGGAUCAGCUGCACGUGGAGGUCACUGCCAGCAACAGUAAGAAAUUUAUUAUCCUAAAGACGGAUGUGCCUGUGGAGCCUCAGAAGGGGGGCCACGGUGCUCCAGGAAGUCCCAGUUCCAGAGGGGAUGGCAAGGAGGACCCUAACCACAUUGAGCGUCUCUGGAGCUACCUCACUGUGAAGGAGUUGCUGAGCAGCUGGCUGCAGAGUGACAGUGAGCAGGAGAAGGAGAGACUGAGGCAGAAGGCGCAGGACCUGGCCUUGACCUACCACUUCCUCACUCCCUUUACCUCCAUGAAGCUGAGGAAGCCGGUGCUUCAGGGGGGCACACUGGAGGUUGCCCGGGGCAUGUCUGCUGCGACAGGACCAGAAACAGUGAUGCAGAGCCUUCGGGGAUCCACCAUGCAGCCAGGACCUGUGCUCAAGAAGCCAUAUGACCCAAGAGUCAAACUCUCGAAAACAUCAGUGGAUGGCGAUCCCCAUUUUGUUGUGGAUUUCCCUUUGAGCAAACUUACCGUCUGCUUUAACAUUGAUGGACAGCCCAGGGACAUCCUACGGCUGGUCUCUGAUCACAUGGGCUCUGGUGUGACAGUGAAUGGAGAGUUAAUCGGGGCCCCUGCUCCUCCAAAUGGUCACAAGAAACAGCGCACUUACUUCGGCACCAUCACCAUCCUCGUCAAUCGGCCCGAGAGAUCUUACCUGGAGAUCACACCCAGGAGAGUCAUCUUAGAUGGCAGUGACAGGCUGGUGCUCCCCUGCAACCAGAGCAUGGUAGUGGAGAGCCGGGGACUGGAGGUGGCUGUGUCUGCCAAUGCAAAUGUCACUGUCACCAUCCAGGGGACCAUUGCCUUUGUUGUUCUCAUUCACCUCUACAAAAAGCCAGCACCCUUCCAGCGGAACCACUUGGGUUUCUACAUCUCCAACAGCAAAGGCCUUUCCAGCAACUGCCAUGGACUGCUAGGUCAGUUCCUGAACCAGGAGACCAAACUCACCACGGAGCCUGUGGGGCACAGCACAAAUCUCACUAAUUCUCCCCUGCCUCCAGCAGAAGGGAUGCUUGAGACCAUCCUACAGGUGAAAGGGCACAGAGUCCCAGUGGUCUGGAAACAAAGGAAGAUUUACAAUGGUGAAGAGCAGAUAGACUGCUGGUUUGCCAGGAACAAUGCUGCCAAACUGAUCGAUGGGGUGUAUAAAGAUUACCUGGCAUCUCAUCCGUUUGACACAGAAACAACUUUGGGUCUGGGACAGCCCACUGGAUCUGAACCCAGCGCCUUAAUUAAAGACAGUGCAUGACAGGGAAGUGACUGUGGGGCCACUGAGGCACAGCUGUCCUUGUUACCCUUGCAUGCCUCUGCUCUCACAGUGAACCACACUGUGCAGCCCAGGGCUGACAUCUGCUGGAGCGAGGGGUAAGGCAGAAAGCUUGAGUGAAGAUAUUGCUUCCCUCCCCCUCCUCCUUCUCCCGUCCUCUGCCACCCUCCUCCCCAUCUUUGGUAGACAAAACUGGUAGCAUCAAGUGGGGAAAGGUCAUAGUUCAAAGUAUGAAAGCGUCUGUCUUAUAUGAUCUGGCUUGUCUGUUUUGUAGCCUACAGUAAGGUAACUCCUUCCAGUGCCAAGGUUACCAUGCAAUUUAUUUUCCUUGUAGAAAUGGCCUAAUUCUGCUUUCUACAUUGUAUUCUUAUCUAGGAAUCUCUCCUUUAGUCUUGCUCUGUUCUCCAGGGGCACUACACCUGACUUUUUCCUCAAACACACCUUCCAUCAAGCCCCAGGCCACUGAUCAUCCAAACAGCAAGCAUACAAAUUGCAUCACUGUAGAUGAUUAAGGAGAGCAUUUUUUUUUUCUGCUGUGGAAUUUUGUCCUUAAAAUUAGUUUUCAUUUAAAAAUGAUUAAAAAUAGAAAAAUCUACAUCCCAGAUACUGAUCUCUUUCUAAUGGGCUUUGUAAAUCACUUGGCUUUGCUGUUGGACAUUCUCCAAUUUAUUCCAAAAAGCUUUUAAUAAACAAGACAGUCCACGUGGAUGGUUUUUAACUGACCUUUCUUGGUGCUAGACAGCUGGCCAGUCGAAUGGUGGAUUUUAUUUGGCACUCUUCAGCAUUUAUCAUAAUUGCUGGACCUUUUUGCCUUUAGCCUUCCAGGAGGAGCUGAGUUACACGGGCACAGUGCUGGGACUGGAGGACAAGCCAGCAAGAGCGAGCCCAGCACAGCAGCCCACCUACAGGGAGAAUCGGCCUGCACACUCUCUGCAGGAGGAAUGUACAUGCUCAGGAAAUCUAAAAACCUUUUCUACAUUUCAGAUGGGCACAAGCCAGGAGAUUGGCUUGAGCCAGAGGCUUUGGUUCCAGAACUUUGAAAAUCUUGAAUUCCUAAGGAAAAGAUUAAAAUUGGGGGCCAGGAGUCAAAAAGUCACUGAGCCACACCAUCUCCAUUUGGAUGCCCUCAGUCAAGCCUGGUCCUGCCAUUAGAGGAAUGAUCUUUACACUCUCCUCAGGAGCAUCCACUGUAUUCUGCCUUGGUGACCCAAGGGCUGUGUGUGAGGAGGCUGGACGGAAGUGAUAGGCGUGAGGGGCCAUGGAGCCAAACCACAGAGAGAGAAAGAAUGUGGCCAGGAAAGGAGAGUAGUUCAACAGGGCCAGGGUGUUGUGCUCACAGGAGGUUUCUUCCAUGGGGCAUGACGCCAGGGCAGCCUGCAAGAACUGGGAAAGUGGCGUGUUCAGCCCUUGGAGGGAACCCAGUGCUGAGAACAUUGUUUGUCAUGUUUACCUUCCCGUGGGAAGCACUGGAGCAUGCUCCUGUCUGGUCUGCUGGUUUUAGGAGCCAGUUAGUGCUGGGUGACUGCACCCCCUCCUGCUUGGAGUCUCUCACUGCCUGGUGACCUACUAGACCACGGCAGGUCAGCUGUGCUGUUUACCUGGCUGCCAUCUUCUCAGAUCAGCUGUUUUCAUGCUAAAGGCACAAAGAUGACCAGUGCAGCUGAGAGGUGCUUCUGCAAUUUACACUUCAAAGAAAUGGGCACAUGAGCAAGGCUAGCCGGGCCCCGCCAGGUUCCUGGGACCUUGUCUUUAUGGAAAUCCCAGCUGGGCAGACGCCCCAGGAAUAAGAGGUCCAGUCCACUGGGUCGCACUUGCCGCAGUGGUCUGUUGUUUUCAGGUGCUGGCUGCACCCCGUGGCGAGACCCCACUCUACUGCUCCUGUUUAUUCCAGCUAGAUGCCCGUUGCUAGCUCUUCUACCCAGAAAAAAAAUUUUAAAAUAUCAAAGAAGAGCAUUAAAGUUAUAUUUUAACCUCUAAGUAAACUCCAUCUUUCCUUCUCUUCUCCUCCCUUCUCAUUGUAGCUCUCUAUCUGCAAAGGGUUUUUAGCAAUACCUUUUCUGUGUUAGCUGGAAAUUUGCAUCUGUGAGCCCCACAUGCUACACCAGUAUUACCCUUACCAUCUUUUCAUUUGAUUGAGAAGUGGGGAAGUUUCUGUUGGCCACAUGUGUUGUGGAUAGCAAAGUCUUUAAAGAAAACAAAGAGGAGUGGAAAAAAUUGCUUCUCGGAUGGGGAAACUGAGGCAGUGUGUAUUUGAGUGGCUUUCCUUGUUACAUGAAAGACGGAGAGCAGGGCUGGUCAUUGAACUAGCUUUGGCACUAUUUCACCAUCUGGUCAAUCAUUUAUUUUUAUUAACCAUUAAAAAAACCCUAAAGCAAAUGGCAGGUUACUAAAUGAGUAAUACAAUGGGAUGAGAAAAAUGUUGGAAUUAGAGAAGAUAAAUCUCAUUGUUAAUAGCAAAUGUUAAUGAGUUAUAAGAGCAGGCUAAGUGGGAUCUUGAGCAAAUUUCCUUCUCUGGAUUCCAAUCCCCUCUCUCAUCUCACAGGGAAAGACAUCCAAAUGUGCUACUUCGAAGUGUCUUCUAAUACAAAGUUUCACCUUCUUAAAUAAAGCACACUGAAAAUUCUCUACUCGCCCAUGUGAAGUGCUUUGCCAUCCAGCCUGUGAUUUUUUGAGGAUUGCCACUUCAGGCAGAGGGGAGGAUGGGAUAUCACAACACUCUGUCAGAGCCAGCCAACUCAGAGAACCUCUCUGUUCCUAUAAUGAGUAACACUAAAUAUUCACUUGAAGCUUGUAUCCUUGUAAGUGGAUUAGGAAAAGGAUUCUUUGUGUCCUUCUAAAAUUCCUAUGUCAAAGCUGGGGGAUCUCUAAUAAAAAGAAACUUGAAGGUGCACUUUUCAGAAGUAAUCAGAUCCUAAGACCUAGUGAGUGAGAUUAGUGACCCUACAAGAAGAGACAGGAGAGACAGUCUGUCUCCUUCUGCCCUGUAAGAACCCAGUGAAACAUGGCUAUCUGCAAGCCAGACACCACAUCUGCUGGCACCUUGUCUCAGCCUUCACAGCUUCUGGACCUGCAUAAAAUAAGCACUUGCUACAAAGCCACCCAGGCUAUGGGAUUCUUGUUACAGCAGCCCAAGAUGGCUAAGAUACAAAGGCGUUCAAAAUACAAAUUCUCUUAUUUUCUUCAAUCCACUCAGAAUGUACACAAUGUUCUUAUUAAAACUCGAAGAACUCCUGGAGCCAUAUGAACAUGAUCCAGCUAAAAUAAACAGCCAAUAAAAUAACACAGCUAACCAAAUACUUAGAAGUGUAACUUUAAACAUUUAGUCAGUUUUAAAUAAUAAGUAGGGUACACGAUAGUUUACAUUUCAAGAGACAUUUUUCUUAAAAAUUUGUAUUAAAGUGAUGUUUAAAACCAAAUCUCACAACAUGUUUAUUUUUUGAGGGAAAACAGAAUCAGGGCAAUUGAAAAUAAAACUUGAUGAUUCUAACUGCA